ACAGAUAACACGAAAUGGUACCAUCUCGCAAUACCAGUCUUCUUAUUGUCUUAUUUAGAAUGAUAAAGGGAACUCAAUGCUUUAAAUUUCUUAGACGAAGACUCCCGAUUGAGACUAUUAGAAUCCUUGACGGACUCGUAACACUGAAGUGCAAGAUUGCUGCGACGAGAAUGCGCAUUCGUUUUCUAUCUGACUGCAAACGCAAUGCUCAUUAUCCACGACAGUUUUGCAAGUUGCUACGCCGGAAUCGGCUGAGGCCUACCAUCGCAAACUUGAAGCGGCUUGCCAACUCCUAUUUGGAUGAGGCAAACAGAAUCCUUGUGCAACUAAUGGAAACAUACCAACGCCGUAUGGCGAUCACUGACCAACUCUCACUGAACGAGGAGGAAACUGGACAAGACCCUGCGUAGAUCG